AUGAAGUCUGGCAUCGAGGGUUCGCAGGAUAGUGGACGUGCCACCGGAGGUCUAGCCUCCUCGAUGAGUCCGGCAGAUGAGGCUGGUCAAGAGGGUGAAAUCCGACAUAUGUAUGAAUUCGAAAUACCCAACUCUCUGGUCGGACUCAUCAUCGGAAUCAAAGGAAAAACGAUUAAGGAACUUUGUACGCGAACGAACGUCAAAAUGAUUAUCCGUCCUCAUCACACACCGAAUAAGUUGGACACGCACCAAAUUUGCACAGUAGAAGGACCACGGGAGAAUAUCAACAAAUGCCUUCAAAUGUUACGUCGUCGUUUCCCAGCGAGUCGAUUCCCAGAACUGAAUCUUGAGCCAGUCCUUCCACCACCUAUACCUUCACCAGCGGCUGAAUUGUUCGGUACACAACCCACACAAUUGUCGUUGCCCGAGGGUACACGAUGUCAAGUGGUGGUGUCGUCAGUGGUGGACGCAGGACAUUUCUUCAUUCAACAAAUAACACAUCCUUCGUUCACUUCUUUGCAACGACUCGAUUAUUACAUGUUGGCCAUAUAUAGUCAGACCACUGGUAUUCCUGAUCUGCCAAAACCAUGUGAAACAGGAUUGUUAUGUGUUGCACCUGCGUGUGGUGGCUGGUAUCGCGCAGUAACAGUUAUGUAUGAUGAGGAUCAAGAUGAAGUUUUGGUCAGAUUUGUGGAUUAUGGUGGAUACUCAAGGAUUCCAAGAGCGGAUCUUCGACAAAUCAGAACAGAUUUUAUGACGUUGCCGUUCCAAGCCACGGAAUGCUACAUAGCACAUGUGCAACCUGCUGAUGGAUCGUCAACGUGGAGUGACGCAGCCAUACAAACUUUCCAGCAGUUAGCAAUGGGACGAGUCGUUGAAGCAUUCGUUGUGGGAUAUAAUGUAGAUGAUGGAACGCCUAUGGUGGAACUAUUCACGACUGAUGAAAACGAUAUGGCCAUACGAAUUGACCGUGUAUUAUUGGAUAAUGGAUUAGCAAUGGCCGCUGAUCCAACGAAAGUGAAGAGGGUUUUACCGAAACCAGCGUUGAGUCCUACUGGUGGUGUUUUGAAUAAUGAAGCAACACCUGAUGAAGAGUCUAAUAUAACAGUUAAUACACAAUUUUGA